AUGGCGGACAUCCACGUCUCUCAAGCCGUCGCGCAGGACGACCUCGUCAUUCCGCUGAUCGACUUCUCCGCCUUCCUCAGCGGCACCCCCGCCCAAAAACACCAAACCGCCCAGGCCAUCCUCAACGGCUUCCAGACCGCCGGCUUCAUCUACCUCUCCAACCACCCGAUCCCGGCCUCCACCAUCUCCUCCGUCUUUGCAAACUCGGCCAAGUUCUUCGACCGCCCCCAAGCCCAAAAGGACGCGCUGUCAUGGUACUCCCCCGAGGCGAACCGCGGAUACAGCGGCUACGGCCGCGAGAAAGUGUCGCUGCCGGACGAGGACAAGGGCGAGGUGGAGAAGCUACGCGCCGUGCCAGACCUGAAGGAAUCGCUGGAGAUCGGACGGGAAGGUGAAGAAGGCAUGCCGAACAUGUGGCCGCCAGUCGACGGCGAUGACGACGCCAAAACCUUCAAAGAAGUCAUGCUAGGCUUCCAUGACACAUGCAAGGACCUGCACAUGCAGCUGAUGCGCGCGAUCGCACUCGGCAUGGGCAUCGACGAGAGCUGGUUCGACGGCUUCACCGACGGCGGCGACAACACCCUGCGCCUGCUGCACUACCCUGGCGUCUCCAAGAAAGUGUUCCAGCGCGCCGACGGCCAGCUGCAGGUCCGCGCCGGCGAGCACAGCGACUACGGCUCUCUCACGCUGCUGUUCCAGGACGAGCGCGGCGGCCUGCAGGUGCGCAGCCCGAAGGGCACGUUCGUCAAUGCGACGCCCAUCCCGGGCACCAUUGUCAUCAACGCGGGGGAUCUGCUGGCGCGGUGGUCAAACGAUACCAUCAAGAGCACGAAGCAUCGCGUCGUGGAACCGCCGCCAAAGGCGGACAGCAGCGAUGCAGAGACGUAUCCGCCACGGUACUCGGUGGCGUAUUUCUGCAAUCCGAACUUCGAGCGCGUGAUUGAGGCAUUGCCGGGGACGUAUGAGGAGAGCGGGAAGAAGUACGAAGGGAUCCGGAGCGGAGAGUAUCUGGUCAAGAGGCUGACGGCUACUUAUUGA